GGAGCUUAGCUUGAAAAACCGACGAGCUAAAACAACCUGUUGAUACGACCCCCGCCUCCCCCCUCCGUUCGGUUUGUUGUUAAAAUAAAGGGAAGGAGGUAGAGAUGAGAGCCGUUCUAGCGUGGAAAGAAACCAUUCGGGACCAAUGCAUUUAUGAUCUUGCAUUCAAGCCGGAUGGCAGCCAACUCAUCAUCGCCGCAGGGCUUCGUGUCCUCGUUUAUGACGUAGCCGAUGGAACGAUUAUCCAGCCUUUAAAAGGACACAAAGACACCGUGUACUGUGUGGCCUACGCUAAAGAUGGUAAAAGGUUUGCCUCGGGGUCUGCUGACAAAAGCAUCAUCAUCUGGACUUCUAAACUGGAGGGUAUUUUGAGAUACACUCACAAUGACUCCAUCCAGUGUGUUGCCUACAACCCUGUCACUCACCAACUAGCCUCCUGUUCUUCUGGGGACUUUGGUCUUUGGUCACCGGAGCAAAAAUCCGUGAACAAACACAAAGUGAGCAGCAAAAUAACAUGUUGUGGGUGGACAAACGACGGCCAGUACCUCGCCCUCGGCAUGAUGAACGGCGUGGUGAGCAUUCGGAACAAGAACGGAGAGGAGAAGGUCAAGAUCGAGCGUCCAGGAGGCUCCUCGUCCCCCAUCUGGUCCAUAGUCUGGAACCCCUCAAAGGACGAGCACAAUGACAUCCUGGCUGUGGCAGACUGGGGUCAGAAGCUGUCCUUCUACCAGCUCAGCGGAAAGCAGAUCGGCAAAGACAAGACUCUCACCUACGACCCUUGUUGCGUCAGCUACUUCUCCAAGGGCGAGUACAUCGUCCUGGGGGGCUCCGACAAACAGGCGUCCCUCUACACCAAAGACGGCGUGCGGCUCGCCACCAUCGGGGAGCAGAGCACCUGGGUGUGGACGUGCCGGGUUAAGCCCGACUCCAACUUUGUGGUGUUGGGCUGCCAGGAUGGGACCAUCGCCUGCUACCAACUUAUCUUCAGCACAGUUCACGGCCUCUAUAAGGACCGCUACGCGUACAGAGACAGCAUGACUGAUGUCAUCGUCCAGCACCUCAUCACCGAACAAAAAGUACGCAUAAAGUGCCGCGAGCUGGUGAAGAAGAUCGCCAUCUACAGAAACCGCCUGGCCAUCCAGCUGCCCGAGAGGAUCGUCAUCUACGAGCUCUACUCGGACGACUCCUCGGACAUGCACUACCGGAUCAAGGAGAGGAUCUGCAGGAAGUUUGAAUGCAACCUGCUGGUGGCCUGUUCCCAGCAUAUCAUCCUGUGUCAGGAGAAGCGCCUGCAGUCCCUGUCCUUUACCAGCGUCAAGGAGAAGGAAUGGGUGAUGGAGUCUCUAAUUCGAUACAUCAAAGUGAUCGGGGGUUCGCCAGGCAGAGAGGGCCUAUUAGUGGGCCUAAAGAACGGUGCUAUCCUGAAGAUAUUCGUCGACAACCCGUUCCCCAUCACGCUGCUGAAGCUGUCCACCUCCGUGCGCUGCCUGGACAUGAGCGCCUCCCGCAGCAAGCUGGCUGUGGUGGACGAGCACAACACGCUGCUGGUCUACGACAUCGUCAGCAAGGAGCUGCUCUUUCAGGAGCCUAAUGCUAACAGCGUGGCCUGGAACACCCAGUGUGAGGACAUGCUGUGCUUCUCUGGCAACGGCUACCUCAACAUCAAGGCCAGCAACUUCCCCGUCCACCAGCAGAAGAUGCAGGGCUUCAUGGUCGGCUACAACGGCUCCAAGAUCUUCUGCCUCCACGUCUACGCAAUGUUAUCCGUGGAGGUGCCUCAGUCGGCCCCCAUGUACCAGUACCUGGAGAGGAAGAUGUAUAAGGAGGCCUACCAGAUCGCCUGUCUGGGCGUGACCGACAGUGACUGGAGGGAUUUAGCCACCGAUGCCCUGGAGGGACUCGACUUCGACACCGCCAAGAAGGCCUUCAUUAGAAUCAGAGACCUGCGCUACCUGGAGCUCAUCAACAGCAUCGAGGAGAGGAAGAAGCGGGGCGAGAGCGACAACGAGCUGUUCCUGGCAGACGUCUACGCCUACCAGGGGAAAUUCCACGAGGCAGCGCAGCUCUACAAGCGCAGCGGCCACCAGCACCGAGCUCUGAGCAUGUACACUGACCUGCGGCAGUUUGAGUACGCAAAGGAUUUCGUUGGAGCGACAGACCCGAAGAGCUCUCGCAUCCUGAUGACCAAGCAGGCCGACUGGGCGAGGAGCAGCAAGGAGCCGCGGGCGGCGGCGGAGAUGUACCUGUCAGCGGGGGAACAUCUCAAAGCCAUCGACCUCAUCGGGGAACACGGCUGGGAAGACAUGCUGAUCGACAUCGCGCGAAAGCUGGACAAGGCGGAGCGGGAACUGCUGGCCAAGUGUGCGCUCCACUUCAAGCGGCUGAAGCACCACGGCUACGCCUCGGAGACCUACUCCAAGAUGGGAGACCUGCAGGCCCUCGUGCAGCUGCACGUGGAAACCUGCCACUGGGAAGAGGCCUUCUCGCUGGUGGAGAAGCACCCCCAGUUCAAAAACCACGUCUUCGUGCCGUACGCCCAGUGGCUGGCGGAGCACGACCGCUUUGAGGAGGCGCAGAAAGCAUUCCACAAGGCCGGGCGACAGAACGAGGCCGUUAAAGUCCUGGAGCAGCUUACCCACAAUGCAGUGGUGGAGAACCGGUUCAACGAUGCAGGCUACUAUUACUGGAUGCUGUCCAUGCAGUGUAUGGACAUCGCCAGAGCAGAAAGCGAAGACCAGAGGGACGAAAUGCUGAAGAAGUUUGAGCGCUUUCAGCAUCUGGCUGAGCUCUACCACGUCUAUCGCUCCAUCCAGCGCUACACGGACGAGCCCUUCAGCUCCCACAUGCCUGAGACGCUCUUCAACAUCUGCAGGUUCCUCCUGAACAACCUGGCCAAGGACGUUCCGCCGGGCAUCUCUAAAGUCAACACGUUGUACGCGUUGGCCAAGCAGAGCCGCAGACUGGGCGCGUAUAAACUCGCCAGGUAUUCCUACGAGAAGCUGCAGGAGCUGCACGUUCCGUCUCGCUUCCAGGACUCGGUCGAGCUGGGCAGCCUGAACAUCCGCUCCAAGCCGUUUCACGACAGCGAGGACCUGAUCGAGGGCAUGAUGUGCUACCGCUGCUCCACCAACAACCCCCUGCUGAACAGCCAGGGGAGCGUGUGCAUCAACUGCCGGCAGCCUUUCAUCUACUCGGCCUCCUCGUACGAGGUGCUGCCCCUGGUGCAGUUCUACCUGGAGGAGGGCGUGGGGGACGAGGAGGCCGUGUCUCUGAUCGACCUGGAGGUCCCGCCCGCGGAUCGGAGGGACGCGCGCUGGCAGGACGUGGACCACGGCGAGCUGCAGACGUUGAGGAUGAACGAGGGCUUGGACGACGCUGAGGAAGACCCCUUUACUGCCAAAAUGAGCUUUGAGCAGGGGGGCUCGACCUUUGUCCCCGUCAAGGUGGGUCGCCCGGCGCUGCGCUCCAUGAGCAGGAGGGACGUCCUGAUCAAACGCUGGCCCAGGCCACUCAACUGGGAAUACUUCCGCUCCCUGCUGCCCGACGUGAGCAUCACCAUGUGCCCCACCUGCUUCAAGAUGUUCCACAGUGAGGAUUACGAGCUCCUGGUGCUUCAGCACAACUGCUGUCCGUACUGCCGCAGACCCAUCGAUGAGCAAAACUGAGCCACCCGAAGCGGAAGAAAAACAUUGGUCCUCGUGAUUUCUGCCCUUAGACAGUUUGUCAUAAUUGUUUUGUAUUGCAAUAUAUCUUUUUUGUUGUUGUGAUACACUUUGUGUUUUCCUCCGAGCUUCAUCAGCUCUUAAGAUCAGCGGCGUGUCCUCUGAGGACGGUGGUCAUUAGCGUAGUGUAAGAAAGUGCACCAUCAGCCAAUGAGAUUACCUUAAUCUGUCACUGAUUACAUCAUGGCGUUGGAAGGAGCAUGCCUGUACAAUGUAAAAGAAAACGCUUUUAAAACGGAAUGAAAGAUUCCAACAAAAGGUUCCCACAGACUCACAAACUGAAGCUUCUCUCCACGUUCCAUAACACGUCAUCUGUUGUUUACUCGUGAAAAUGUUUUUUUUUAUAUUGCCAGAAAGGGGAAAUAAAUAAUUGUACUUUU